ACAGAACCCAGGGACAUAAGCACAUCUUCAAUCUCCUGCCGGAGAUGGUGGUGCCCCCGACCUGCAGUCGCGGUGCAACAAGUGAAGGCAGGCCUUGGGAGGGGGGCACCAGGGAGGAAGUGUGUGUGUGUGUUUGUGUGUGUGUUAGUGUGAGUGUGUGUGUGUGUGAUGCAGAGAUAAUGGCGAGAGGACCAGGGGGGAGAGCCAGGCUUGUCUCAACAGCAUCCAACUGACGAAGCCUUCUCUUUAUUAACCUAUUUGCCUUUUUUUUUUUUAAUUGCCAAGGAGAAAAGGAGUCUUCUCCUCAGCAGGGGACUGCGAAAGGAGGCCAUGGCCUCCUGGUUCAGCUGGAGCGAGCCGUACCACCGCAGCCCCCGCAAGGACCCGGCCGUCGUGGUCACCGACACGCUGAUGGUGGAGCUGGGCUGGCAGCUGAAGGAGGCGGAGAGGCAGCAGAGAGAGCGGGAGAACGAGUACCGCCGCCUCAAGACCGGCGUGGACUACAGCUGGCUGGCGAGCACGCCGCGCUCGUCCUACAGCCUCAGCACCGGGGAGAGGCUGGGCCUGGAGGACCUCUGCUCCAAGGUGCCGCCAUCUUGCUGCGGACUGGUCAUACUCAAGUUCCGUGAUGCCAUCCGAGCCGGCGAGCCCGAGGUCCAUGAAGUGUCCGGCCUCUUCCGCUCGGUCCUCCUGGAGGCCGUGGACCGAAUGAAGGAGGAGCAGGAAGCCCAGCGGCUCGCCCGCCAAUGGAACAACAAACGCGCCACGAGCAUGUCCCUGGUCAACUUCCGGUCUCGCAUCAGGAUCAACCCGUUCGGCAGCACGGCGGGCCUGACGGCGGGCGACGGGGCCGGCUUGAGCGACCUGAAGACGGUGUCGGAGGACGUGGAAAGGUGCACGGAGAAAGGGGAGAGGGUGUGGAGCAUGCCGGACUUCCGGUACAAAGGCAGUAAACUGGUGUGAUGUGUCUUCUCCUGCAGCCAUGUCCGAUAUUUAGAGACACGUUUAUGCAAAGCGGGGAUGCUUCACUCCGAUCGAAAUGCACACGUAACUAGAAAUACACGGUUGUAGACGAGCACAAUGUAUCUACUGGAUGUUCUCAUGCAUUGCAAUGAGGGGUGCAAAACUUUUCUAUGGCAAUAAAAUGUGUUUAAAUUGUACCAACCUAAA